AUGAUACUGCGAGGACGAACGUUGACCCCUAAACGCAGAGAAUGUCCUGACAAUCCUUUUAUGGUACCAGCUGUCUUCGAAGAUCUCAAGCAUCGAUGGAAUAAGGAAAACAUCCUUCAAAUUGCGCAGGGCUCCCUAUUGUUACCCGAAUCAGCUGCAUCACAAGAUUUUCCUUGGGCAGAUGUCACAGUCAUGGUCGCAGGGGAAGCAGAUAUGCAUUGCGCAUACCUGGCGAAACUCACAGGAUCUGCGGUACUUACCAAUGAUUCGGAUCUUAUACUUCAUGAUAUCGGGCCGCAUGGUUCAGUCGUGCUCCUUCAUUCAUUAGAAUUGGAAAAUACGUAUAAUGCUCGAUCAAUAGACGUGCCACUUCAAGCGGUGCAGCUACAUCCAGCAUCACUCGCUCAACGCUUUGGGUUGGCUGAUUUACUGCGCCUAGCAUAUGAACUUAAACUUCACCCAAAUUCAGGAUUGACGGAGCUGAUACGGCUUGCAAAAGGGCCACUCGGACCCCAAGGAUAUGCAGACUAUUUGGAAUUCUCCGAGGAAUAUAAGAAGGGCCCAGAACAUGCGCAAUUGGGAAUUGCGAACUCUCAUCACCUUGACCCCAGAGUCUCAGAGUUGGUCUGGCAAUAUGAAACCCAAGAUAUCAAUUCAUGGGACGAAUUCCCUCGGUUUUAUCUCGCAAUUCUAAACGAAGAUCAUACCAGGCGGUGUGCUUGGGAGAACGGCUUGCCAUAUAGAGUUCUGGGCUAUUCGAUAUUUAAUGCUUCGCGUCCACCGUCUCGGAGAUCUCGCUUCAUCGAUGAGUUUGUACGACGAGGGGGAAGAAUUGCAAGGGAUACUCUAGCAAUCCGUGAUGCAGGCUGGAUCGCAGAUCAAAUGACGUCUUUCUAUACCCGUCUCAGUGUAGUUCGAGACGCCCUGGGCGAAAAUGCCACAACCACAAAAUUAUGGAGGAUAUUUGCACUGUGUGAGGUAUAUGGCUGGGGGGACAGUGGCUCUCCACUUCCCAAGGCCAAGCAAUUUAGCAGAUUCCUUAGUUUUGGUUAUAUGGGUGAUAGGACAGACUGGGCAGACAUACACCUUACGGCGCAGGUUCAGGCUGUGCUCUAUUCUUUGAGAAUUAUGAGACAACUGAUUGGGUUCACAAGUACAGCCAAUGAUCUCAUGCUCAAAAUGCAGGACGCUCUUAUGAGUCUUCCCCCACUUUAUGAGUUGAUGAGAUCGAGAUUUGAGAUGGUGAAUGAGUACCUUACUGAAGAUGCUGCUGGUGAAUUUUUGAAGAGAUACAAACAGCUAGUGAGAUGA